AUGCACCAGUAUCCGUGCCGAUACAAGCAGAGAUGCGGCGCGUGCUUCCUUCGGCACCCUGGUUCACAGUCUCUUCCAAAGGGGAAAGGAGGCAGGCAGGCUCUUGCGACAGCGCCGUGGGGUUUGUCUUCUCCGAUACUGGAUCCGCCGGAACUGCCGAUUGGAUUUGGGGCCGGCCGUCUCUUGUUGCUCGGAGAAUGUUUGAUUGGGACGACGACCAGGAUCAGAUAGGGAAUACAAUGUGGUGUGAGUUUUCUGAGAAUGAAGCCAAUAUUAUGCCUUAUCCUAAUGGUGCUGACAAGAAUCCAUUACCUCCUUUGGGUAAUUAUAAAAGAAAGAAAAAUGAUGAGGCAAACACUUCCUUAAGGUCAAGUGAACACUCUUCAGGAUCUAAGAAUGAUAUUCUGGGGAUUAAUCAGGACAAUAGUUCUACUUUCAUUACAAGUGAAGAACUUGUUGCUGCACAACUUGAUGUAGAUUCAUGGCCUGAUUUGCCUUCUUUAAGUGCUUCUCUUAGUAAAGAGUACAAUGAUUCUUGUAAUAGAGAUGCUAUGGAAGCACAAUUAAUGCUCGAUAUCAGUGGAACAAAAAAGCUCGACAAAAUAAGAGUGCAGUUCGAUAGUCCAUCUGAAAUCUUUAAUAAUGACAAAGAUGACGAAGAGAAUGGUACUUUUCUUGAUUGUGACUGGGCCAAUAUUGGAGAUAUCGAGGAUCUUGACAACAUAUUCAGUGGAAAUGAUUCCAUAUUUGGACACGAAAUGGUUGGCAAUGUAGAUGAGUUCUUGACUGCAACUUCUGAUGUAAUUAGCAGCACUGUACAAUCAAUUGCAUUACCAGACAUGCCAUUGUGCAAGGAACAACCUUCUGGUUAUGAUUCUUCCUCUUUUCAUCUUGAUGAAUUAUCUACUGGAAAGGAAGCAUUGGAAGAGAAGAGAGGAGAUAGUACUGUGAGAACGAGAAGGGAAUACUAUGAGGAACAGAACCUGUUCUCAAACCAGCCCAAUAUCCAGAAGAGAACUCUGACGUCUCACAAGAAAUCAGAAGAAAAAGGAAAGUGUAAAGAAUUAGAUGAUACAAGUGCCAUGUGGUCCUGCAGUACAAAUGAAAGCCGGCAACUUUUAAGUUCCACAACAGAUGCUUGUACCAAAACAGUGAUGGACAGUUUCGAAUCAUCUACAGAAAGACAAGUUAGAGCUCCUGAAGAUGUUGAACAGCUAGACUCCCCAAAUCAAUUUAUGUUAUCUGGGUAUGCUUACACAGCAUAUCCUUUUCCAACUAUUCCAAUUUCCCAGAAUGUGUAUACUAAAACGAACCAAGAAAAAACACUUUCUGUUGGUCAUAAGCUUUUAGCAGAUUUCUCAAAGCGUCCGAAUGGUCUAAGUAGACUAUCUGAUUCAGCUUCUAGACCGCUGACUCCCCAAGAAAAAAUUGAAAAAUUGAGAAGGCGCCAAAAAAUGCAGGCAAUGCUUGCCAUUCAGCAGCAGCAACAACAAUUUGCUCAUCCAAGUACUAGUGACUCUGGGGUUCCCCAGUCAUGCUCACCUAAGAAACAACCUGUAGAAUCUAGGACUAACUCUGCAGCUGAUCUUAUCAGCAAUAAGCAUUUUCCAGCAGAGCGGAACAUACUAGCUGACCAAGAAGAACCCUGGACAAUCUCCUCAAUAAUUGAUGGUCAGUCAUUGGAAGAAACAAUAUAUUAUCAACUUCAAGAUGCUAUUGAACAGUUGGAUGGUAGAAUAAGGCUUUGUAUACGAGAUAGUUUAUUUCGUCUAGCACAAAGUGCUAUGGAGAGACAAAGUUCUAGCGACAGAAAUAGUACAAACAAAAGUGACAGAGAUGAGGAUGAGCUUUCAGCAUAUGAUGAUACAAAGAAAUCGUGCAAAAAUUCAAAGUGGACAAGUGUAGAAACAGGUACAAAUCCCAUUGAUCGGACUGUUGCUCAUCUUCUCUUUCAUAGGCCAUCGGAAUUAUCGACUAGAGCUGUCAAAGAGGAAAUACCACAAUCGCCUGCUCUGUAUAACCCCGCUUCGGAUGCAUCUUUACAAGCUCAAGCUUGCAUCUCCAAUGAUCAUAUGGAGAAUGCCAGAGAGAUGGAAAGACAACCUUCGAAACAAAUGAACCGAUAGAAUCACAGAAGAUGUUGGAGCUAUUAAUGAUCUAGUCUCGGAGCCUAAUGCUUAUGAGCUCCCCUACGUCUUGUGUUAACUACAACCCUUGUGUGAUUUUGAAUCAACCUAGAUAUGUUCCAGAUGAAUCGACUGGUGCCUAGAAAGUCCAAACUGUUAAUUGCAGAUUGGUAUUUACGAGCUUGUAUAUUCAUUAGUUAAAUCCCAAUAACAGACGAGUGAUUCACUUCAUUAGUCUGGCUUCAAGCUGGCCAUCGUCAACUUCUUAGAGGAGCAUGUCAAUGAAUACAAUUUUCUUUUCUUUUCCCCUGGUAGGAAGUUCCUGUAAUUUUGUAGCUUCUUUGGCAAAUAUAGAACAACGUGGGGCAUCCAUGUCUAUGUCAUAAACUCAUCUAAGUUUUGAUGUUGGGUUGAUUUACAAAAA